AUGGUUCUGGAUCUAGACUUAUUUAGAGCUGAUAAGGAUGGUGAUCCAGAAAAAAUUAGGGAGAACCAACGAAAAAGGUUUAAAGAUGUUGCCUUGGUAGACACUGUUGUAGAGCAAGAUCUUCUUUGGAGACGAUUAAGGCACGAGGCAGAUAAUUAUAAUAAAUUAAAAAAUGUAUGCAGUAAGGAGAUAGGACAAAAAAUGAAAAACAAGGAACCCGCUGGCCCAGAAGACCAGGAAGUACCGGCAGCCGUCGCUGAUAAUCUUAAUAAUCUUUCUGCUGAAUUCCUCAAACCAUUGACGGUCAAUCAAAUCAAAAAAGUUCGAGUUCUUAUAGAUGAGGCCAUUUCAAAGAAUGAACAAGGUUUAAUAACUGCUGAAAAGGCUCGUUCUGCAGCCUUAAGGGAAGUUGGCAAUCACCUCCAUUCGUCAGUGCCAGUUGAUGAUGACGAGGAUCACAACCUUGUUGAAAGGACUUAUGGAGACUGCUCUGUGAGACAAAAGUACUCACAUGUUGAUCUCAUUUGCAUGAUUGAUGGUAUGGAUGCAGAUAGAGGAUCAGCAGUGGCUGGUGGACGUGGGUAUUAUUUAAAAGGCCCUGCUGUAUUCUUAGAACAAGCCCUCAUACAGCUCUCUCUACGGAUAUUGUUGAAAAAAGGAUACACUCCGUUAUACACUCCAUUCUUUAUGAGAAAAGAGGUUAUGCAAGAAGUCGCCCAGUUAGCUCAGUUUGAUGAGGAACUUUAUAAGGUAGUGGGAAAGGGUUCCGAAAAUAAAGGAGACAACAUCAUAGAGGAGAAGUAUUUAAUUGCUACUUCAGAGCAGCCCAUUGCUGCAUAUCACAGAGAUGAAUGGCUUCCCGAAGCUUCUUUACCUAUAAGGUAUGCUGGUUUGUCAACAUGUUUCCGUCAGGAGGUGGGAUCUCAUGGACGUGAUACGCGGGGCAUCUUCAGAGUUCAUCAGUUUGAAAAGGUCGAGCAAUUCGUAUUGACAUCCCCUCACGACGACGCCUCUUGGAAAAUGAUGGAUGAAAUGAUAGGCAACGCUGAGGAGUUCUAUCAAACACUCGGUAUACCCUACCGUAUUGUGAACAUCGUUUCCGGCGCUCUGAACCAUGCGGCAUCUAAGAAACUCGAUCUGGAGGCCUGGUUCCCAGGAUCCGGCGCUUUCCGUGAGCUGGUCUCGUGCAGCAACUGCCUCGAAUAUCAAGCGAGGCGUCUGCUUGUCAGAUACGGCCAAACGAAGAAGAUGAACGCGGCGACGGAAUACGUGCAUAUGCUGAAUGCGACAAUGUGCGCUACAACACGAGUAAUCUGUGCUCUGCUAGAAUGCAACCAGACAGAGGAGGGUAUUAAGAUACCAGAAGCGCUUAAACCGUGGAUGCCGGAACAAUACCAGGAACUCAUACCGUUCGUGAAGCCGGCUCCUAUCGACUUGGAGACGGCUGCGGCCACUAAGAAGGGGAAAAAGCAAAAGGAGGACAAGAAA